AUGGAUUCAAAAAAGAGACCAUUUACUGACGAUGGAGAGACACAACAGCACAAGAAGAGGAUAUUGACAGGUGUGAAUGGUAGUCCUCUGGUAAACGGUACAGACCUGAGUGUCGAAGAACCCACCGACACCGACAAUUUGGAGCUUUUUCGCAAGGAAGCUAUCUACAGGCGAAUGAAGCACUACUCUCGAGAGCAUGAGAGGAGCCAGCUUCGCAUAGUAGAACUUGAACAACGCAAGAGUACGUGUGAGGCAGGUUUAGUCGCCAUCGCAGCAUGCUGGGAGCAGCUAGUCGACACUAUCCAGACGUUGGCGCAACCUGAACAAUUACCCAAAGUCGAGGUGGAGACCGCUGAUCUUUUCGAUCUAACUCGGCAUGUGUCCGGUGAAUAUGGGCUUCAAGCCGCACUAGAGAAAAAUAUGCAUGCCACUCAAAAACUUGUGACAAGCUUCCUUCAGCUAGGCGGCGACUCGCGUUCUGCGACAAUACAAAACGAAGCGUAUCAGCGCUGUCAAAAAUCACAGACAGAGUGCUCUGCCUUACGGUCAGAGAUAGAAUUGAUUCGAGCCAGACUUCGUGACCUCGAAUCUGAGAAAGAAAAAUAUCAUGAAGAUUUAGUGAGGUCAGAAAUUCGUGUCGACCGGCUGCGAAGUAGUAAUACCGUUCAAGCAAUGCAAAGUCAAGCACCUGUUGAGAAGCUGCCAGUGAAGGAUGAAGAGACAAGUGAUGUAAAAGUAAAGCAAGCAUCUCCUCCUCAUCCACCAAUAAAUGGCCAUGACCAACAUCCACCGGACUUCGAAGAACUGAAAGAUGCGGUGAAGGUUAAAGAUAGUCGGGUCACAGAAUUGGAGCAAGAGAACGCUCGCCUACUAAGUGAAAUCCAUUCACUGAAACUCGAGGUGAAGUCGCCUUCAGAGGAAAGUAUAGCCGAGACACCGUAUUUCAAGAUACUCUUGGACCAUGCUUCUAGGCUAGAGAAUGCUAUCGCCGAGAGUGCAGUCGAAUUCGGGAAGGUUAGCGACAGCCUGAGCCAACUGCAAGCUUCGCGAAAAGAUUUUGAGGAAGAAGCCCGUGCUGCAGCUGGAUUGGCAAAUCAAGAGCUCAAAACUAUGCUGGCAAAACGAGAUAGCGAUAACGUGAGACUUCGAGAUCAAAGAGAACAGCACGCUGCUGAGAUCAGUGAACGAAAACACAAGGACAGUGUGAAAAUGACAUCUUACCAAGAGCUCAAAACAUUGUCCGAAUCCCGCCUGGAAAGAAUUCGUGUAUUGGAAUCCGAAGUGAAAAGGCUUAAGGCGCAGCUGGCAGUAGGCACUGGGAAUGAGGAUCUUUUGGCUUUUUUCUUUGGCGACAAGGUCGAUGAUACGAGCUACAUUGACGAUAUGCAAAGCAAACUUCAGAAUGCAGAGGCCAAGGUAGCUGCUUUAGAGAAGUCCCUUUCCUCUUUGCAAGAAGACCAUCCGGAUAUAGUACAGCAUGUGAAGAACGAAACAGAGUUACGCCAGGAGCUGGCUGGUGUUAUGAAGCAGCUUGAACAAUACCGUUCAAUAUUUGGUCACUCCGCUCCACCGGAAGUGCGAAAUCUAUCCGAGCAGCUUCAGCAAAAGGAGGAAGAGAUUCGACGUUUAAAAUUAUCGGAAACUCAACAGAAGCAGGCCGAGACAUCUCUUUAUGCAGAAAUUGACAGGCUAUCGUCUGCUUGGGAGGGCUUGGAUCUCCAGCUUUCCAGCAAGGUAUCAGACCUUGGCGCUUUGGAAGAACGGUUGUCUAAGGCCAUAACCGAAAAAGCGAAGUCGGAUAACAAGUAUUACACUGCAAUGAGAGCUAAGGAAGCUAUCGAUAGUGAACGCAAGAAUAUUGCCAGAAACUUGGAAAAGCAAGCAAAACUCAUAGAUAGAGCUCUUGAAUCCGAGAAGAACCUAAACGCUCAAGUGGGAGAUCUUGAAAAGGAGAUAGUCACUUUCCGUAAAGCGGGCAAAACAUUUACUACUCAGAUUGCUGCUUUAGAAAAAGAUGUUACGGAGUGGAAAUAUCGCGCGGAAUCUGAGAGGAAACGUUGUGCUGAGGCGCGCGCGUUUGCAUUGCAGAAAGAGCAGGGUUACCAGGGAAAGCAGUCCGAGGUGAAGAAGUUAGAUGAAGAGAUGCACCGUAUGAGGAAGGAAUUCGACCGGCAAGCUACGAAAUUGAAGUCGAUGAGUGCGGGGCCUAGCUCGCACAAGGAGGCGGAGCUACAGGCUGAAAUUGAGAAAUUAAUGAGUGUUCUCAAAUGCUCAACUUGCAAAGAACGCUUUCGGAGCACGGUUAUUACCAAAUGCAUGCAUACCUUUUGUAAGGAGUGUGUUGACGCUCGUAUAUCAACCCGUCAACGCAAAUGCCCUACUUGUAAUCUAAGUUUUGCGCAAUCCGAAGCCCAGCAAGUGUACUUCCAGUAACUUUUGAGGUGGUUUGCUAUGUUCCUCUUAAUGUAGCAUUUUGCUUUUUCUGAGGGUAGCGUUUCUAAUGGUGGACUGUUAAAUCCUUUUCAAGUUGUAUCUGUCUGUCAUAUUUUUAUUCUAUUGUUUUUGUUUUUGUUUUUAUUAGACCUUAAUCAAAUCCUUAAUCAUGAAUAGUGCAAGGUUUUCACG